AUGGCUCUCGUUACAUCAUUCCACAAUGACGCAAAGUCUAAUAACUCUGAAUUAAUAUGUACUACGAAAUUCGCUAGAAUAUAUAAAUUUGAUUCAAAAUAUGCUAUUAAAUGUAUUGAUUUAGAAAAUUGUAUUCCACCACAUGAACCAAGAUUUGAGCUAUCAAUAUUGAAAAAGUUGACUUCACAGGACAGUAGUCACCAGAAUGUUAUUAAAUUAAUUGAGUUUUGUGAAACAAGAUCCACUGAUGAACUUGAGCUAUUCUUCCCUUGGUAUCCAUUAACGUUACAAAAAUUUAUGAAUGAUCAUUGGAAAUUAAAGAAUAAUAAUAAUAAUGGUACGAAAAGAAGAUUUAAUCCAUAUUAUAAUUUAGGAAUAGACAAACAGUUUUAUAAUGAUAUCAGCAAUAGUAAUAUCAACGAAGGUAACGAGUGUGAUAAGUUAGAAUACAUUAACACUUUAGAUGUAAACAAAUAUUGUUUAGACUUCUUUAUCCAAUUAUUGGAGGGUUUAUCAUUCAUUCAUAAACAGGGUAUAAUCCAUCGAGAUAUUAAACCAGAUAAUAUUUUAGUACAAAUAAAAGAACCCAUAAAUUUAGUUAUCGCAGACUUUGGUAUAUCAUAUGACACAAAAAACUCCAAACAAUUAAUGCAAGAACCCUUGGAUCAUAAAAUCACAGAUAUCUCCACUUCAUUCUAUAAAGCACCUGAACUAUUAUUUAGUUGUAAGAACUAUUCUAUGGCAGUUGAUGUAUGGUCUUUAAUGGUUAUAAUUACUCAAUGGUUCCAAUCUAAAGGUAAAUAUCCGACAGUUCCUGCAAUAUUUGAUAAUGGAUCAAAUGUUCUUGAUGAUGGAAACGGUAGUGAUAUUAGAUUGAUUUUGUCGAUAUUUGAAAAGUUGGGGAUUCCAUCAGUAGAAGAAUGGCAGGAAGUAAAAAUGUAUGGAUCUAUUGACGCCUUUGUUGGGUUAUUUGGCGAAACUGGUAAUGGUCAAUAUCUUUUUAAUUUAUCGAUAGAGGAACAACAAUCUAAGAUCUUAGAAUAUUUACCACGAAUGAAUGAAAUCCUGGAUAUACAUUUAAGGUUGACGAUGAUUAAUUGUAUAUUGCGAAUGAUGAGUUUGCAGUCUGAUGAAAGAUGGCACUGUUCAGAACUUUUAAGAGAGAUUAAAAAGAAUUUGAAAGACAACAGUACCAAAUAA